CAGGGCUUAUUGAUUGAUUGAAUAAAAUGUAUUAUCAGUUUACAUUUUAGAAAUAAAAAUCAUAUACAAACCAUUUUUCCAAUCGAGUGCUUCUUCUAUUCUAUUUCUUUAGGGGGAAAAACGAAUCUUUUUCAUUAUUUUAAAACUCCACUUUCGGAAAAAUUUGUUUAAAAAGAACAGUGCUGCUCUCUUUUCAAGUGUUCAACCUCAAAUUUUCAGUAGUGUUCAAGCGUCAUAUCAAUGAGCGUCGGUGUGUAACAUAAAAUGGCUGAUGGUGACAUUGAUUUGUAUGCCGACGAUCUUGAGCAAGAUUUUGCACAGGAUGAGUUCGCUGGAGAUGGUGUCGAUUUGUACGACGAUGUGAUAGCUGCUCCUCCAGGUGGAAAUGGCGGCGUACCGAAUAGUGAGAGAGAUAGAGAUAACGCCUCGCCGGGCGAGGAAGCUAAUGGCAAUUCCGCUUAUCACCAUGGAAACAAUGUUCAAUCUGGUGGUGGUGGAAGGCGUCAUCAAUUAUAUGUCGGAAAUUUGACCUGGUGGACAAGUGAUCAAGAUAUUUCGGAUUCAAUACAAGGUGUUGGUGUCACCGAUUUUAUUGAAGUGAAAUUCUUCGAGAACAGACCAAAUGGACAGUCGAAGGGGUUUUGUGUUGUUUCGUUAGGCUCUGAGCAGAGUGUAAGAUUAUGUAUGGACCGUCUACCAAAGAAAGAAUUACAUGGACAAAGUCCGGUUGUAACUUAUCCUACUAAACAGGCAUUGAGUCAGUUUGAAUCGCAAUGUAAAACGAGACCGGCGCCUGCUCCACAACAAAAUCAAAAUCAACGACCACACACGCAACAUCAACCGCAAAUGCCACCACAUCAACAGCAUCCACAGCAUCAGCCUCAUCCGCAACAGAAUCAUGGAUCGAGAGGCGUAAUGAUGGGUCCACCGCCUCCGGGUGGUCCUAGACAGGGCCAAAGAAUGCCACCGCCGGGAAUGGGUCCGCCAGGCCCUCAGGGACCACAGGGUCCGCCUAGAAUGCAUGGACCACCAAUGGGACCAGUUCCAGGUUCUCAUCAUCCUCUUCCUGGUCAUCCGAAUCAAGGACCACCUCCUCCUGGUUAUCAGCAAGGUCCUUGGAAUGGUCCACGACCGAAUGGACCUCGAGGACCCAAUGGUCCCGGGGUACCACCACAGCAAGGAAUGCCCGGACCUGGACCUGGACAACGUCCACCACCCGGAAUGCCAUUCCAUGGGGGACCACCAGGACCUCCUGGUCAAGGACCGCCACGUGUACCACCUGGACAUCCAGGACCUCCACCCGGUGACCCGAGAGGAGCGCCACCACGAGGUCCCGAUUGGAAUAGGCCACCAGGAAUGCAUCCUGGAGCUCAGGGACCACCAGGUUUCCCUCAACAUCAACAUAUGCAAGGCCCUCAGCCUGGCCAAGGCCCACCACAAAGAGGACCUCCACCAGGUUCUAUGGGUGGAAUGAUGCAAGGACCUGGGGGAAUUCCACCGGGACAUGGACUACCACCGCAAGGACCACCACAAGGACCUCCAGGUGGACCGGCGCCUCAUGUUAAUCCCGCAUUUUUCCAACAAGGUCCUCCUCAUCAACAGGGACCACCUGGACCAAUUCAUGGGCCACCUCAUGGACCCGCUCACGGUCCACCUCAUGGUCCUCCUCAUCCUCAGCCUCAUGGGCCACCACAUGGACCACCUCACAAUUAUGGUCCACCCGCAGCCCAGGCACCGUACGGUGCUCCGGCUCCUGAUCACAGAGCUGACGUUGCUCCACCUCUCAGCGAACAAGAGUUUGAGGAAAUUAUGGGACGAAAUCGAACAGUAUCGUCGUCGGCAAUUGCCAGGGCUGUUUCUGAUGCUGCUGCAGGAGAAUAUGCGAGUGCGAUUGAAACACUGGUCACUGCAAUAUCGUUGAUAAAACAAUCUAAAGUCGCUGCCGAUGAUCGUUGUAAAAUUCUCAUCAGUUCUCUUCAAGACACCCUGAGAGGAUUGGAAACAAAGGGUUAUGGCUCAUCCAGAAGGGAGCGAUCGAGAUCCCGUGAGCGAGAGAGAAGUCACAGAAGGCGUCGUGAAAGGUCCAGGAGUCGCGAUCGAGAGUACAGGGAACGUAGCCGUGAACGUGAUCGAGAUCGUGAGAGGGAUCGUGAUCGUGAACGUGAUAGGGAUCGCGAUAGGGAGCGAUAUUACAAUGAAACCUAUCCCAGAGAGAGAUCACGCAGCAGAGAUCGUGAGCGAGAACGUGAACGCGAACGGGAGUACAGAGAGAGAAGCCGAGAAGAAGCUGCAACACAUACGUCUACGAGGCCGAGAGUGAAGGAAGAACCAGCAGAGACGCCAUCCGUCUCAUCUUCUAAAACAUCCAGAUAUUACGACGAUCGAUACAGAGAACGAGAUCGUGAAAGAGAACGCGAAAGAGAAUCAACUCGAAGACCAGCUGAAAGAGAACGUGAACGUGAACCAGAACGCGAAAGAGAACGAGAACGCGAUCGUCGUGACGAGAGAGCAGAUUCAACACAUCGAUCUCGACACUGAACAAAAACAAACAAAAAAAAUACGAAUAAUCAACAAAUUUAAAGAAAAUCAACUUCUAGACUGCAACUAAAAGAAUUUGUUGCAAAGCAAUUUUUGAUCUUCGGGGGGGCAUAACACAAGGAUUCUAAUUUUGACAAGAUUUUUUUCCCAGUCAUAUAUAGAUUUUUAAUUAUUCUUAAAAUUGCUUUUCACGGGACAGUGUCUAAGCAAAAAAAAAGAGAACUAAAAAUGAUUUUAAUGAUUUUUUUCUCUCUGUCUCUCUCCAUUAAUUCAGUUUUUUUCCUGUUGAGUGACGAAUACACAGGCACACAAUUAUAAUACACGUGCAUUUUACGUUACAAGUAAAUAACAUAUUUUACAUACUUAUUAUGUAAUUGCGUUGUAGUUAAGGGAUCUGUUUGUUUUUUUUUAAUUAAUUUGAAAGCAAAACUGCCUUUCAAAAAAGUAGAGAAAAAAUAGUUUUUAAUUCGAAAUUGUGCACAGCCUGUGACGAAGAUUUACCAAGUAACAAGAUUUUAAAGAAGAAUGAAGAGAAAACACUUCUGAAAUUCAACAAUCAUCUAUCUUCACGACGUUGCAGAUUGUAUCUCAAUAUAAUACAUAUAAUCGCUUGAAAAAAAAAAUAUAUAUGCCAAA